AUGGGAUACUACGGGGCACCGCAGCCCAUGAACCAGUUCACCGACCCGAAUAAUACCACCGUCUUUGUUGGCGGACCUGUCGGCAUGUACUCGACGGGCGCUUCCGCGAUGGCAAACUACUGGGCACCACAGCCCAUGAACCAGUUCAUCGACCCGAAUAAUACCACCGUCUUUAUCGGCGACCCCCCUUGCCGAAGACGGAAAGAAAACCGUCCACUUCAAGGACAUUCGACAGUUCGACCAUGGUAUGCUCCGUGUUUCUGCCCGGAGAACACGUACCCAGCGGUGCAGAGUACGCGCUCAGCCGUCUCUCGCGGCGAAGGCUUCGUCCGCUUCACUAGCGAGGAGGAUCAGCAGAAGGCACUGUCCGAGAUGCAAGAAGUGUGCUGCGGCAAUCUCCCGAAGUGCAAAUCAGAAAUCGAAUUCGGAAGGAUGCCCGGGUCCUAA